GGCAGGGCAGCGCAGGGCAGGGCGACCUGGCCAGUGGACGAUCCGAGUUGGCCUGGAUCUUCUUUUCCUCGUCCAGCCGGUCGCGUUCUUGCCAAUGUGCGCAGUUUAAACGCCGCUUCCUCCAUCCGACUGCGACCUGCUCAAUCGAUCGAUCGAUUGUCGGACCAACGGACUGGACUGGACUGGACUGUCUCAGCUCUCACACCUCACCACCUCACCUCCCACACCUCACCUCCUCUCCCAUCUCCUUUCCUCUCAGAAGAAGGUCCACUUGCGGGUGGUGGGUGACCUUGAGCACAUCUAAUAUCUCGCUCCCCUGCUCGCUCGGUGGCUCGUCGGCUCUUCCGCUGUGAGAAGCCCGUUCCUCGUUUCGCGCCACAUUGUCUCGUGCGGUGAACAUCAACAUUCUCGAUCCACUUGCUCCGGUGCUCGGUCCUUCCCAUCCACGUGGGGUGGGGGAUUGGAGCCGGGCCCCGGCUGGCCUAGCUAGCGAGCGAGCCAGCGAGCAAGCUUUGCCUUUUAUCCUGCUCCUUCACCUCCGCGCCCACCGCAAGCCAGAGCGCAGAAGGCAGACCGAGACACAGAAUCAGACAGAGACACCGAGAGAGAGAGAGAGAGUGUGUGUGAGUGAGCGAGACUUGACUUGGCCCUGUCGAGUCAGUCUCGAUAUAUUGUCGUUUUGAAGCUCUCGUUGCCCUGCUAGCAAAGCAGAGCAGAGAGAGCGAGAGAUCGAGAGCGAACGUGCUGACGCCAAGUACCGAGUUUGAAUAUUUCUCCGUCGAGGGGCUUUCACAUUGAGCCCGUCGAUGCAAAUUUGCCUGGGUUCGAAGAGGGGAAUGUAUCCGAUGGAAGUGAGCUCCUGAGAGAACAGCAGGGAGGGGCGACGGUCUCUGACGCCACUCGCAUUUUCUGCACAUGUGAAGAAGUGAUUUGCUCUUCCGUGCUAGGGUAGGCGCUAGCACCGGGAAGAGCGACGGCCGCUGUUGGUUCCGACCGAGCUUCCUUCCAUCGGGCCCGCCCGCAUUGUAUGAUGCGCCCAUCGAGCUAGAGGCGCAGGCUGCAGCGGGUCAGAACAUUUUUCGUCCUUUUUUUAAUCUAUUUCUGUGAAGCCGUGCUCCUCUCCGAAUCUGCUCGCAGGUUGUUCGGAUUGAAGUGCCAGCUUUUCGGAGCAUCUAUUUGUCCACAUCUUGGCGCCCGGGAGGGAUCUCACGGCAGCCGCGAGUCAGUCAUCAAACUAUUCGUCUCGCAUUUUAGUGUUCGCUUCAUGACUCUCUCGGAGCAGUGCGUGAGUCGCCGGGAUCCCAAAUGCAAGGUUCUGAAGAGCGCCUAUGGAUCCGUCGCCCGGGAGGGGUGUCGCUUGCCGGGCUAUGGAUCGUGCAAGCCGACGAUCAGUAAGCUAAAGAAUUUGUGCGCCGAUCGAUUACGGCGCCCCGAGGGAUUGAAGUCCAAUUGUGCAUUGAGUUGUAUUUGGAUCAUCGUCACAUUGCUGAGUUUGUUCGCCGCUCUUCACCUCGGAACGUCGCUCACGCACGGCCAACUGCUCUCCUCGGCCAAGAUAGAGGGCCGAAGAGUGUCGUAUUUUCUGGGCAGAAACUGGAGAAGGCUGACCGGAAUUUCUUCCUCCAACUACACGUACCCGGGCCUCGUUCCUCCGUAUGUCAACGACUCGUUCUGCUCCGUCCCAUCUCGAGCUGACUUAGAUCCGCAGCAUGGCCUGGUCAACCAGUCGGCCAACGGGCCGGAAUUCCCUCUGUGCCUGGCGGUGUCCAUCGGAGAUGACGGCAGCCGGCCUCAGGGCAAAGCUCUGCCUUACCAGCUGGUGUACACGCGAUUGUUCGGAGCUCUGAAGGAAGAGGUGGAGGCGAGCAGGGCACGCAGCGGCGACAAGAAUAAGGAGGACGUGCAGGUUUUGGUGGGGGUCGAUUUCGGAUCCGUGGUUUGCAAAAUGCUGAGGGAUCAUGCGGAAGAAGUGCCGGGGAUGUCUGCGGAGUGUCGAACUUUCGAGGAGCUGGAAGCGGGCACGAGAUGCGGGCUGUUGGUUCUUGGGCGGAGCCAGCGAUUCGUCCCUCAGAUGUCUCCGCUGUUCAGCCGCGCCGUGGAGUGGAAGAAGCGCCGCUCGGUGGAUUUGGACUGCCCGAAUCCUCAGCACGAGCCUCCUGCCAUUCCCGAGAAGGAUUGGCAGCCGACGGUGGUGACGGGCUUCAGCAGCAACCACAUGGCUGUCGGGCUCCUCAUGCUUCGAUCUCUGGGGAGAGCGGCCAAGGAGGGCACGAGCGGACUGUUCAAUGUUUCGGUUGUGGUCUAUGCCAUGGAAGUGUUUUUGCCCGAGCACCAAAAGCUUCUCGACUGCGUCCUCGACGAACUGAAUCACGAGUACAAUGUCAGGGCGGAGAUGAGGUUGUUCGAUUUCUCUGCGCAUCCCAAGUGGAUGCGGAUAAACCAAGAUCUUGGCUACUUCGGAGGCACGGGCGAAUACGCAUGGAAGGCAAUUAUGGUCCACACUAUUCUCCGGGAACGAGGAAUCGCGGUUUGGGCUGACGCCGGGGAUCGGUUCAAGGAUACAGAUUCUCUCGUCGAAACUCUCAAGGUGCUCAAAGCGACGGGCUUCGUUUCGCGGAAAUCUCACGGCACUGUUUGGACUCGCACCCACCCUCUGCAUUUGAAGUUCCUGCGGGCCAAUCUUCCGGGGAUUUGGGACCAAGAGAAUUGUGAAGCCGCCAUCGUCGGAUUCACUCUGAAAAAAUACAAGGAGAUCGCCAGACCGUGGUUCGAAUGUUCGACGAUUCGGCAGUGCAUUGCUCCGGAUGGCUCUGACAGAAGCAAUCACCGUCAGGAUCAAGCCGCACUCACCCUCCUCUCCAUCCUAUCGAGAAAUCCAUGCGAAGGUGCACACAACAAUUUUGGCCAUCAUCUGGACGACCAUCCCAUCGAUACCGCGGUUACACCUGGUGUAUACACCACCCAUUGUUACGUCGAUCCUCUGCGUUUGGAUCUUCCUCAAGGAACCCACCUGGACCAGGCCGAACAUUCCGGGCCUUACCUUUGGCACUAGAGAUUGAGACCUUGCACCUUGAUUCAACAAUGUACCAUUUGAUCCCAUUGAUCAAGAUUGUAAAUUAGGUGUGUUUGAACAUACCGUAGCAGUCCGGCAUUAGUUAGUCUAGCAAAUCAAAUGAAUUGUGGACUUCAUGGACGAAACCUUCUGCAGUUUGAUAUCUCCUGCCUCCGAUUGACACCUGAUGGUAGUUGCCAAACCCGGAUAAAUUCGAGGUUUAGCUCUCAGGUUGCUUAAUCGUUUCAUAAUUCCGCCCAGGAUUGAUCGCGAAGAUGUCAGUCUCUAUUGACCACGUCGGUGUCCUGCGGGCACUGCAGAGUUAGUUUAUCCAUCAAGUUCAGCAUUUGUACUCAUACGCCUUUACAUACAAAUCUUCCACCCUUUGAAUAGGGAAGACGAAGAGAAACCGUCCUUAGUGCUCGAGUAAGAUUGUGUGAUUCUCUCAGUAUCCUUUGUUUUUGUUUGCAUCAGCGUCUGCUGAAACCAGUCCAUCGUUUCCAGUUUCAAUAAUUUAUGAAUCAGGACGACAAUGAUGUGAUGCUCUCGGCCGGGACGGAACACUACAGAGCAUGACGACCUCGGCCUUUAUCUGGAUAGAGUCGCACGACAGAGGCCACCGGAUAGACGAUGAGAGCUACACAGACAGAUGACACGGUCAGACGUUCUCCUCGCAGGGUUUCCGAAAGCUCCCAGGUUCAGUAGCUCUUCCGCUGCUCGCAAUUCCACGGCAACGAAAGUGGCGAACAGACUCCUUUCCGGGUGCCCAAAACGACAGUCUGUUCCUCUCUGACUUCUCUGAAAGCAUCGCCUGUGGGGGAAAGCCUCACAACCGAAAGUGGUAGUGUACAAUACCGUGGAUUGAGAUCUGAUCGCAGGCAUAUUCGGUCGUACGAGUGAUAAUUUCCGUAUCGAAUGAUGCGUUUUAUCGUGGCAUGUUCGAAUGUAGCGGGGGAAGGAGUACGGGAGCUUUGGCAGAUAUCGAUCCGAACUUAUUAUCUACAUCGGAUUCGACGAGCUCCAGUGCGAUUUGCGUUCGCACAAUCGGUUGGUCCCAGCUGCUGUCUGAGCGCCAUCGUGUGGGACCAUCGGCAGGCAUACCAUAUUUCCGUUUUAUAAACGUUUAAAUAUCAGUGCGCGCGUCCUCGGUCCCACAAGAUAUUCGACCUAGCUUAGCGGUUUGACAAUGUUGGCCACGACGAGCAUUAUGUCAACAACCCAAGAUCAUAGCUGCAUCUGCACCUGUCCGUUAAGCUUCGCUUUUUCCG